GGAUGUGACGACAUGGACCCGGACCCAGUGACCGGAAGGAGCCCUUUGAAACGACGGAGGCUGGUGCGCGGCGGGCAGAGUCUGCUUGUCCUUUGAGCCCUGAUCCUGAGAGGAGACGGAGAGAACAAAUUGAAAGAUCAAUGGCUGAUACUGAUGAAGCCAAGACUUCAGCUUGUGAUCACUUUGAAGAUUCUCAAGACUUAAUGUAUAUCCCCAAAAAGUCUAAUAUGCACCAACAUGGAACUGCAAGGAAUUUAUAUUCAGGCUUUUCACAGAAAGAUUCUAGAUGUGAAAAACCUUCACAGAAAUCCUACACUGGUGGUAGGUCUUCCAAAGAUUUCAACCACUUGACCGCUGUCCCGACCAAUGGCUUGCUGAAUGACAGUGAUUCAGAGAGUGCUCUUUCUGAUUCUACGAGCAGCUUGUUCCAGCUGGAAUGUAACACAACUCAAAGUGCAACAAGGCAUUUGGUAAAGUCUCCAGCAAAUACGCUACAAGCAGACAUUUCAGUUGUCUCCUCUCUAGAUCCUAGGUCUCAGAGUAAAUUGGCUACAUCCCCAGAGCAACCAAGUCCUGCACUCAAUUUGAAAGCAAGUUUUGACUGUCAUGAGAGGAGAGAGUAUAAAACACAAGCACAUCAAAGAGGUAAACGAAAAAAGAGGUACAAGAGCACAGGAAAGCCUGUAGGGAGACCACCACUAACUGCCACACGAGAAGAGCAGGAAAGAAGACUUCUAGACAGAGGCUUUCAAUUUCCUUUUGUGGAAAGAGAAUAUGGAAGGAAACAUCCCCCCAUGAAAAUGAUUUUGGCAUAUGAGGAAGCAGCUUUACAAGGGUUUUUCCAGUAUGUCAGUACGCUCAAAUGUGAAGAACAUCUAAAAAAGGCUUUAGAAAAAAUGAGUGCUAGUGACGAUUUAGAAAACGAAUGUUUGGCGAUGCGGAAUCACAAAUAUGUAGAUGAUGAAGGACCGAUUUCUCCUAUUCAAGAGACAAAUGAUGAUGACCAUAACUUGGAUCCCGAUCAAGAAGAUCUUGGUGCCAAAAUAGUUGACAACAGCUGUUUCAUAUUAAGCAGAAAACUUCCAAGUAAGAAAAAAUCCAAGACAAAAGCGAAACCUGCAAAACUGAGCAGAGGAAAUGGAGAUGGAGAGGAAGAAGAUUCUGCUGAUGUGCCUGGGUCUGUGUAGGAAGUACUACACAGAUCAGAAAACUCUUACAUCACGGAAACCCAAAAAUUCUGGUUACUGCAACCCUGAUUCGGACGCUACGUAUCUUCAUAUGUGGCGGCAGGCAUUUACUUCAAACAAACUGUUCAGCAUUCACCUUGAACGUUCAGUUAUUGCAAGUGGUUGACUUACAACCAAGAUGUUGUUAGAAGUAUAAUUGCACUGUUUUUUGGGUGAGUUACAAUUUUAUCUGUAGACACUGUCAAAAAGUCAAUGUUUCAAUAAAAACACAGUAAUAAA